AUGGCCGACACUUGGGAUGACACUGCUCUACCUCCGAUGAGUUCGAAGCAGCUCAUCGUCAGCACUCGUCGCGCGCGCCCCGCCGAGAUUUCACUCUUAUCCAGCACGUUGCGCGGCCCUUCCCGGCAGGGACCAGCUGUUCCUGUCCCUGCCGAGCCCCCGACCGUGAUUGUGCGCGGUUCCAGUACCCAUCGACGCACUGGCAGCACGUUGAAGACCGUCAUGCGCAAGAUCUUCACCCGCAAGACGCGCGGGGAUGAAAGCGUGUCUCCGCCACCACGGGGAGGUAGCACCAGUCCGAACAUGGAACGAUGUUUGCCGUCACAAGCCCUAACCUUUGGAUCUCGACAACAACACCAACACUCUCCGCCGCUGUUCACGCCCUCUAAUGGCACCGUCACCUCAUUCGCAGAAGCCCUGCAGAAGCUGGACUCGCACCCACGACGGCGUCGAGCCACGCUUCCCAGUCUGAUCCUGUCGGACGAUGGAUCCCGCGGUGCGCUCGAAGCCGCCGUACAGGGCCGUCCUGUGAGCAAGCGCGACAAUAGUCCUCAUGCUAACAGUGACCCUCUUGAUGUCUGCCGUCGCCGGGAGCGCCAGCAGCUCAAGCGCCGGUCGCGGAGUGCUGCCGCCCUGCGCGGUCUGGCGCAGGAACAUCACCAUCUGAUGUCGCCGAUUCAAUGGCGUCGACGCAGUCUGGAGUCCUGCGCAGCGUCCACCGCCUAUGGCGCACCCUCGGAGGUUGACCGUCCACCGACUCGGACUACUGUCGCCAGUGCGCCGGCGCUGCCCACUGAACCCUCGGUUCUGACGGAAGAACCGGCAGAGCCCGAAGACACUGAGCCAGAGGAGGCUGCCAUGGAAACAGAGGCGGAAGCUGAGCCCGAGCCCGAACCAGAGGACCCGGUUUCAACCAAUGCCGGCACUCUCGUCACUUCUCUGCAACAUGAUGAGCACAUCACGCUAGAGCAGCGGCUCAACAUCCUGGAAGUCAAGAUGAUCGACCUGGAGUUCGCCAUUGCCCGUCUGCAAACCGACCGCAGUGAAAGUCCCGCCGAAUCUCGGCGGGCUGCAUCACCCGUCAAGCGACAUCGCCGCAAACAAUCAGCGGGGCCGAACAAGAUGCCUCCACCCAUCCCUACUCAAGACACUCUCCUCCCAGACCGCCCAUCCAGCACAAGCACCCUUCGUCCGACUCAACUCCACCGCUCACGUACCUUACAGGCCCCCUCCUCGACAUCCUUAACCGACCACAGCACCAUCUCAGUCGAACAGUACAGCGCCUUAGUCAUGCUGCUGCGGCGCGAACAGACCGCCCGACGCAGCCUCGAGCAGCAGGUCGCCGGUCUUCGCGAAGAUAUGGAGCAGCUGACGCAGAUGGCGCGUGAGUCGAUGGGGUUGGGCAUGGGACCGAUAUACCCGAUCCCGAUCUCUGAUCUCCAGGAUUUCCGACGUAUGCGGCCAGGCGGGGGACUGUCAUCGAGCGAGUCUUCUCGGCCGGAGACUGUCGGUGUGCCGGGCGAAAGCGACUCGGAGUGGGAGCGCAACGAGCUGUCGAGCAAUAAACCAUUGCCUGUUAAACCCGCCCCGGAGGUGAUUUCGUCGCGAUGGUCGCCGGGUCGCCGAAUGGAACUGGGUGGGAUGAUAUGA